CUUCAAAAGCAUGUUUUUCAAAACUUUUGCAGCUUGCAAGGUCUGCAAUUAAUAAUUACUUUUUUUUUGUUUUGAACUGUUAUAUACUGGCGUAACAGUUAACGUUUCGUUUUUUUACAAGUCAUAGUUCUGAAAUGUCUUUGUUAGCAAGACAGAAUUUUCAUACUGAAGUGGAAGGGUCUUUGAAUCGCCUGAUCAACCACUGUUUGAACAACUCGAAUACAUAUUUGGCUAUGUUUUCUUACUUUUCUCAAGACGAUGUGGCGCUGAUGAAGUGCAGCAAAUGGUUCAAAGCUUGUAGUGAUAAAACUCGGUUGUAUGCAUUACGAUUGAUCGCCGUUCAGAAUCUUCGAGGUGGACGUUUAGUUUUAAAGGAUAUCAAGGGCCCGGAGUUGGAUUCUUGGCCGAGCACCGUUAAUGCAAUGCAACAUCUUCUACGGAUGGAAAAAGAAUUGCAGGCAUUAUUUUUGGAUUCUCACGGCAUCGCUGAACGCCAUGGUGACAGCGAGUUCAGUCACGAAAUUGCCAGUGUCUAUCUGAAAGAAUUGGAAGAAUCGGUGAAAACGAUUGCCGAUCACCUUGCUAAUCUUAGACGUGUCGGCUUUGGUUUGGGCGAAUACCAAUUUGACCGCAACCUGGAAAGUUAAGGCAUUUCUAAGCUGUGGGUUAAUUUUUGUUUACAACUUUUGAAGGCAUUUCUACUUUUUCUAAUAACCAAAUAAUUUCGUGACCAAAGUUAUGGUGACAGUGAUACUUAUGGGAUAUGUACAGUAUUUCCUUAUUUGUUAGUAUUCUUCGUUUUGUUAGCUGCACGUCGCUGGUUCCAAAUAGCCACGUUUUUGUGAUUUUUGGCUUGCUCGAUAUCGUAUUUGUUAUAAUUAAUUUUUAUUUUAACUUGGAAGGUAAAAUUGGUG